AGAGCGGCGCGUUGUAUCGCGAGAUCGGAUAGUCUUUGUUAUUAUAUUAUUAAUAAAUUAUAGGCAUAAAUCACGACAUAUCUCCUGUUAAAUGAUACUGCAAGGAAUUAACUAUUAGUUUUAAUAACUUGCAUCAUGGAAGUCACUCGCAAAAAUUUCAAGGAGUCCUUGCCUCUUGUGAGUGAGUCUAUAAAGAGAGCGGACUUUCUAGUGAUAGACGCGGAGUUUACGGGGCUAAUACAUGGGCAGGACGUCAGCAUGUUUGAUUCUCCGGGGGAGUAUUACUUACGGACUAUGGCGGGUUGUAAGGAUUUUUUGUUGAUCCAGUACGGGCUGUGUGCGUUCUACUGGGACGAGGAUGCGCAGCAGUACAUGAACGACGCGUAUAACUUUUAUCUGUUCCCGCGCGGGCGGCCCGGCCCGGAGCGGAUGUUUCUGUGCCAAAGCUCCAGCUUGGAUUUCCUGUCAGCCCAGGGGUUUGACUUCAACAAACUAAUACGAGACGGCAUCCCUUACAUGACGGAGCCAACGGAGUCGCGCCUCAGAGAAAUGCUUGCGGAGAGGCAGAAGUUGUACGCCAAUGAGAAUAACAUCAUCCCGGUGCCGGACGAGAAUAAACAGCAGAUUGAGGAUAUCUGUAAAAAAGUCCGUCAGUUCCUCGACGAGCAGAAAUCGGAAGAGAUGGAGAUCGACCGCUGCAACGCGUUCAUCAGGCGGCUCUGCUUCCAGGAGCUUGGCUCGCGUUUCAAGGGGGAGGCGUACGUGGAAACCAAAGUACUGGAGAAUAAAAACAGAGUUCUGAAAGUGACCCGGGUAACGCCGGAGAACGCGGCACAGGACCGAGAGGCGAUGAAGAAGGACAAGGAAUGGGAGGAGCUUGAGGAGGCAGUCGGCUUCUCUAAGGUGGCUCGGAUGAUCAGCCAGGCGGAGAAGCUGGUGGUCGGACAUAACAUGUUGUUAGAUGUGCUCCACACGCUCAACCACUUCUUCCAACCGCUGCCACCAGACUAUCCGACCUUCAAAGAAUUCGCACACUGCAUGUUUCCUAGCCUACUAGACACAAAAUACAUGUCCAGUUUGCCACCCUUCAAGGACAAGGUGAAUUCCAGCGUGCUGCAGCAUUUGUUGGCCACCCUAUCGGAACCGCCUUUCGGCCUCCCUACAGUCGGAUCAUCGUCAGGCCGUGGCUACACCCUCUCGGACGACAAGUCACACGAAGCCGGCUACGACGCCUUCGUGACCGGCCUCUGCUUCCUAGCGAUGCGGUCGCACGUGUCUCGCAUGCGCGGGGAGAGCGAGAGGUCCGAGCCGAGCGCGGCGCUGCUCAGGCCGUUCCUUAAUAAGCUGUUCCUUACGAAGACUGCGUACCAGGACUCACCGUUUAUGAAUAUCGAUGGACCGGAUCCUACACCGUCCAGAGACCACGUGUUCCAUCUCACGUUCCCCGUGGAGUGGCAGAGGAAUGACAUCAAUCAGUUGUUCAGUCCUUUCGGUCCCAUAGUGGUACAGUUCAUCGACGACACGUCCGCGUUCGUGGCGCUCUCACGACGCGAGCAAGCGAGGGACGUGAUGCGGACGCUCGCCAAACAUUCACGGACCACGCUCGUGCCGUACGCCAAGUUCAAACACAUGGUAAUUGUAUAG